CUCCCUGUCCCAGCCGGUCAUGAGACCUAUGGUGAGCAAACCACAAAUUAGAACCUCUUGAAGGUUGUUCACUGGCCAUGAGUUCCUCUCACCCGGAGGUGCUGCUCGUCUUUGGUCUCCUCAGUCUAACUUCAGGGCUGCAGGUUGCCUCUCCUUUUACACAGGUGCCAUUUCUCACUGUGUGGAAUGCCCCCACUGAGAACUGCCUCUCCAAGUAUGGAGUGGAUCUCGACUUGGGGAUGUUUAGCAUUGUCCAGAACCAGAAUCAAACCUUCUUGGGUGAAAACAUCACUAUCUUUUACACUGACAAGCUUGGGCUGUACCCAAGGUACUCUGCCCAGGGCCAGGCCAUCAACGGUGGGGUUCCACAGAACAGCAGCUUAGAGACACACCUCAGAGUCAGCACUGAAGAUAUAGACCAUUACAUCCCUAACAGAGACUUCCAAGGCCUGGCUGUGGUGGACUGGGAGAGCUGGCGCCCUGUGUGGGAGAGAAACUGGGACAGUAAAAAGGUGUACAAGGAGGGGUCCAUUGCACUGGUGAGGUCCAGGCAUCCAGAUUGGACUCCUGCUCAGGUGGAGGCAGCAGCACGGGUCGAGUUUGAGCAAUUUGGAAGGCAAUUCAUGGAGGAAACCCAGAAACUGGGACAAAAAAUGAGGCCAAAUGGUUUGUGGGGAUUUUAUGGAUUUCCCAACUGCUACAAUCAUUACAAUAAGAGCGAAAACUACACAGGGAAGUGUCCAGAUGUGGAGAUAAAAAGGAACGAUGAGUUAUUCUGGCUGUGGAACGCCUCCACGGCUCUUUACCCUGACAUCUACUUGAGCGUCGAAAUGCGAGGCCUCGGUGAGGAAGUUCUUCUCUAUGUUCAUCACCGCAUUUUGGAGGCCCUGAGAGCGGCGGAUUACGUGACCCCUUCCCAACUGCCCAUCUUUCCCUAUGCCCGCAUUGUCUACACCUACUCCUUGGAGUUUCUUUCCAAGGAGCAUCUAAUCUACACUGUUGGAGAGAGUACCGCUUUAGGAGCUGCAGGGGUGGUGCUUUGGGGGGACCAUACUUUUGAUAAAUCUAAGGCUACCUGUGAAGCAGUCAAAUUCUAUAUUGAUGAGACUUUAGGUCCCUACCUGGUCAACGUGACAUCAGCCGCUGCUCUCUGCAGUCAGGUUUUAUGCUCCUCUAGGGGAAGAUGUCAGAGGGCAGACCCAAAGUCAAAGGCCUACCUCCACCUCAACUCCACGUCAUGGAAGAUCCUGUCCAAGAAGAAACCAACUGGAGGGACAAACUACAGUGUUUUAGGGCAGAUGGAUGCCCAAAGUUUAGAGCAAAUGAAGUCUGAGUUUCUGUGCAGGUGUUAUCCUGGGUGGGGUGGGAAGGACUGCUCCAAACAAAUUUAAGGAUUCAAAUGGUUUUAGGUGAUACAAGAUGGGAAGUGUAAACCAGGGUCUUUCUAUUUUAACUGCUGGUACUCUAGCUUCUUCACAGAAGCCCAAGAUGGAGGUUUAAGAAGUGGAAACGACUGGUUGUGUGAUAGACUUGAAGGUCCUAAAAAGGGUCCAAAAGGUUGAUCUUCCCAAUUUCAAAUUGCUAAAAUAUAGUUUAAAUCAUGAUUUAUUUUUAUAUAAGUGUUGGGGGAAUUAUCUUUUUUUAAUAGCGGUGGUUAUUAUGUUUGUUUUUCUAAAUAUACCUUUUGUGACAUUGUUUACCUAUAAAAUAAUAAUUUCCUUUUGCAGACUGCAAACAUCAUUUUGGUGGCCAGAAUGUAUUAAAAACUUUUUAUCCAUAUCCUGAAUGAAAAUCUUAUCAUAUUAAAAUAUUUGAUUUUGUGUUUUUUUGUUUAUCUUUCAUCCUAAUAUAAUAUUGCAAGCAACAAUUGCUCCUUUGUAGUUGUUUCCAUAGAUGUUGUUUUUAUAUGCAAAUUAAAUGCUGAAAAAAAUAGCCUAAAGUCAGCCAUGUUUCUGAUAUAAUAUACUUAAUAAUGGGGUUAUUUAAUCAUUUAAUCUGGCUCCCUCCCUUCAUCAAUAUUAUUUAAACUUUUUCUAUAUUUCAAUUGGUGAUUUAAGCAAGUGUAAGAAUGCCCUUGACUUCUGUAAACUUACAGUCAUCUGCCUUAAUUGAAGAGGAUGCAGUCAUAUCUGUCCCAUUUUGAAUAGUGGCUGAGAAGGAGUUGUCAUGUGGCCUUAUAUUUAUUACCCUGGGGAAACAGGACAUCAUGCAGUAUUAUGAGUUUGGUUACACGUCAUAUUAAAUAAAGUAAAACCUAAAACAUUUUAGAGAAGUCACUAACUGAGGCGCAAUUAGUUUAAAAACAACUAUAUUUUCUUAUUUUCAGUCUCUUAUGAGGAUUUAGUCUAAAUGAAAUUAGCUGUAUCUUUUUAAAUAAGUCAUAAGCAUUUUAAGCAAUAAGAGGUUGAUUCAUCUACAGGCUUUUUGUGGCUAUUUUAACUGUGGAAUGACAUUGAUUAUAGUGUUUUUUUUCCUUUUUCCAAAGUAUCACUCAACAUGAACCAAAUUACUUAGUCUGAACUGCAGUAGUUAAAAAUAUGAGCUUACCAGAAGAAACUGAAAAUACAUGUAUAUUGGUAUUAAUCAGCUGCUCUUUUAUGUUUUUUGUUGUGAUUUUGUAUUUUUUCAGGUAAAACUUGAAAUGUUUUUACUACAUUCUAAAUGGUGUUUGUUGAUGGCCAGCAGGCUGUGCUGUGGGACAACUAACCAAAGACAAACAUCAAGGUCAUGGCUUGGGGAACUCUUAAAU